CUAGUUUUGGGCUAGUUUUGAGUAGCAAUUGGAUGGGUUUGGUUGUGAAAACCUGGCAACCCUGGUUUGUCAGCUAUUUAUAGUUGGCUACAUAAGGAUCUUAAAAUGUCAUCUUGUUGUGUUGUUGGGUGCCAGAAUUGGAGUACAGGCUCCAAUUCGAAAUUUUAUCGCAUUUUGCCAGGAAAAAAAAAAGAUGACAGCUGUGGUUAAACAUACACUGUAAACCCUAGCACUCAAAAUAAUUAGUUGGUUUGAGUAGGACAAACUUACAUUAAACAAAUUAGUUCAUUUAGCACUUUCUUUUUCUUUCAAGUUCACAGAACUGAUAUAUUUUGAGUAAACUGAACUGUUUCAUUGUGUUGAGUUUUAUGAACUUACUACUUUUAAUUUAGAUGAACUUAAGUUUAACUGAAACUGGACUGGAAUUUCUAUUUCCCAGCAUGCUUUGCCCAUGGCAUGCGAAAGGGUUCUGAUGUGCAUGUCCUGUGACAAGGAAAGAUGGAGGCUUCCAACUUAACUCUUUCUCCAAGCCUCAGCCAUGCUAACAAGACUAACUUUUUCCUAGACAGUCCAUUCUCACCUGUUGAGCUUGUUUUCAUCAUUUUCGGACUGAGCACUUUAAGCCUGAUCACAAUUAUUGGCAAUGUGCUGGUCAUGCUCUCUAUCAAGGUCAACAGGAACCUCCAGACGGUCAACAACUACUUCCUGUUCAGUCUAGCAUGUGCCGACCUGUUCAUCGGCGUUUUCUCCAUGAACCUCUACACCGUGUACAUUGUUACUGGCCGCUGGCCUUUAGGAGCUUUGGUCUGUGACCUCUGGCUGGCUCUGGACUACGUGGUGAGCAACGCCUCUGUAAUGAACCUCCUCAUCAUCAGCUUUGACCGAUAUUUCUGCGUCACCAAACCUCUCAGCUAUCCGGUCAAAAGGACCUACAAGAUGGCAGGCAUGAUGAUCGCGGGAGCUUGGAUCCUGUCGUUCGUUCUCUGGGCUCCAGCCAUCCUGUUCUGGCAGUUCGUCACGGGCAGCCGGACGGUUCCUGAAGGCGAGUGCUACAUCCAGUUUUUCUCCAAUGCUGUGGUUACCUUCGGCACCGCCAUCGCUGCCUUCUACCUGCCAGUUGUCACUAUGACCGUACUAUACUGGCAGAUCUCCAAAGCCAGCCGCAGUCGUGUCCGAAGCAGAGACAAUCGGAGAGUAUCUAGAGUCAGUAAUGAUGGAGGCCAGGCUGGACCCACAACUGAGGGCAAUAAGGAGAGGAAGUCAAUCCAAGGAGGAGAGGAAAUGGUUCCACGCAGGCAGAGUGCUUCAGAUGUCACUACAGGAGAAGAACGGGAGAGUGAGAAUGACUCUGUAUCUGGAAUUGUGCUGGCUCCUUCAAACCAGCGGGAUGAGGAGGCCGCAUCUAUAAGCACUAACGGUGACAUCAAAAGCCGUCAGACCCAAUCAGCUCCGCUGGCCACAGGAAGUUGGGUCAGAUUUACUUGCUUCAGAACAACAUCCCAAAAGGACCUGCAAAACACCUAUAAACCCAACAACGGAGGUAAGGACAUGACCAACGGGAAGGAAAGGCUGAGUCUGGUGUCGCAGAAGAUUCUCAUGCCACGUUAUCAGAAGAGAAAGUGUUUAUCCUCACGGGAGAAGAAGGUAACAAGGACCAUUAUGGCCAUUCUGGUGGCAUUUGCAGCCACAUGGACUCCUUACAAUGUCAUGGUACUCAUCAACACGUUUUGCUCGGACUGUAUUCCAAAAACAAUGUGGACCUUUGGCUACUGGCUCUGCUACAUAAACAGUACGGUUAACCCCGCUUGCUAUGCCCUGUGCAACGUCACCUUCAAGAACACCUUCAAACAGCUGCUGACAUGCAAGUACAGGAAUAUUCACGCCACCAGAAAACAAUAAGACAGUGGGCAAAGUUGCAUGCACUUAUAAACAGUUUCAUGGAGAAUAUCCUGAAGUCUGGUGGUUUGCAUCUAUAGACCUUAUUCACAGCAGCGCCAUCUUUGAUUUUUAAUGGGAAUGAAAGCGAGACUAUAAGGGAUAGACACAUCUCUUAAAGGGUUAGUUCACCCAAAAAUGAAAAUUCUGUCAUUAAUUACUCACCCUCAUGUCGUUCCACACCUGCAAGACCUUCGU